ACUCAUCCCAUAAUCCUUUGCACCUCAUGUCUUAAAGCUAAAAUGGCGUUUUAACACAUGGUCCUACAUGUUAUACACCAGAUCAGCCAUCUUUUAUUCACAGACCUUGUUCCAGGAAACACGUACAACUGAUUAUCUGAUAUGACCGCCAUUUUAACACUUACGUCCACUUCCGUUCCUACACACAAACACACCCACACAAAAUGUGAUUAGAAAUAUGCUGAUAAGUUUCCAUGGUGAUGCUCUGUAAGAUGCAUGUUCCCCCAUCGUUCUUAGAAUUGUUUCUGAGCAGCAAAAUGACCCUGAGUUUAAGUUUUACCCAGAAAUGUUUCUGUAUGAGAUAGUUUCUCUCACAACUUCCUCAAAAAAUCCACAAGUAUGCACAGUAUCUGUACAGCAAUCUAUCAUUGUUCAUUGAGCAAAUGUUAUUUAUGAGGCUGUUCUGUUCUGGUGGUGGUGACCUGCAGCCUAUAACAGACCAGAGGGUAAAACUAGACAGGAUGGUGCUCAGCAGAUGAAGGUCAGUCAGUGGCAGAAAGUCAAAGUUACUGUUUUAAUAUUUCUCUCUCUGUGUGUAAAGUUCACACAUCAAAACAGGAGAAUGUUUAAAAUGAGAAUGAGCAAAUUGUUUUUUGCAAACUAUUAUAUAGCAACUCUGUAUAGCAACAUGCUUUCAAAUUUAGUGUUUUUUGUUUAUUUGUAUAUUUUUUUGCUAGCCUGAACAGAAUGUUGUGCAUAAGAUGAAAAUAUCUCUGCAACGGACAGGAAAUACAAACCAGCAUCAAGUGCUGCAGCCUCAGUGGCUGCUGUGGUGUGAAGUUAGUAUGAAAGGGAAGGAAACACAGAGAGGGGAUUGUAAGAGGAAGACGCAUGAAACUUAUUGAUGUCAUAUAUAUUUUAGACUUAACUUCUCCUUUUAUAUGAACACAAUUCAAACCAAGUAGACGCCUUUCAGUUGAGCUGUGCAGCCGUUCUGGAUGCCAGGAUGAAACCUGCUCUGCUCUGCAUGCUGGGCUUUUUCUUGCUCAGUUCUUUGCUUCAUGGACGUGCUGAUGAAAUCAAGACAACUUUGAAAGCAGACAAAUCUACCAUACCACCAGGGGGCAGUGUGACAUUAACCUGUUCUGUGGACAAACCUGCUGAUUUAACAUUUGAGCUCUUCAGAAGAUCUUCAUUCUUCUAUUAUACCAGAGUUUCUCCUCGAUCAGAUGUAGUUUUCAGCAUCACAGAAGGAGGAAUUUACAUCUGCAGAGGAUCCAUGACAGAGACAAACUUUGUGACAACUAUGAGUGAUGAAGUCACCAUUUAUAAGAGAGUUUCCAACAGAGUUUCAGUCACUUCACAACCAAACCGAUCUCUGAUAUACGAAGGAGAGAAAGUCACUCUGAGAUGUGAGAUCCAGGAUGAUGGAGGAACUGAGUGGACAUAUGAAUGGAAAACAACCAAUAGAAACUUUUCAUCAUCCAGUGAAUAUAUGAUCAUCUCAGCUACUAAGGCUGACAGUGGAGAAUACAGCUGUAAGGGUAGAAGAGGCUACGAGUUUACAGGAUGGAGUGAAGCCAUCAGACUGACAGUGUCAUCUGAUAAACCCAGAGCCACCCUGAAGGCAGAGACAAGAAUCAUACAGCAGGGGGCAGUGUUACACUGAACUGCUCUGUUGAAGGAUCUACUGGCUGGGAGUUCAG